AUGGCUGAUAGAGUCGUCCCAUGGAACAAUCUUCCAACCGACUUAUUAGAGGCCGUAGGAAAGCGCCUCAAAACUAAAACCGAUGUCUCACGAUUUCGUGCCAUCUGUAGGUCAUGGCGAUCAUCUGUUCCUCCCUUUGAUCAGAAACAACCCCGUUUUCCCAUCAGAAUUAUGAUGAAGUUUCCUUUUCCUGUUAACUGCUUUUUCUUGACAAUCACCGAGGAUACAGUCUACCAUCUAGUACCUCCUCCCAACAUAAACUCAGAUGAUUCUGCUUCGACUUCGAGUACAAGGGGUUGGGUGGUUAGGCUCAGGGAAGGAGAAUCAGGUGAACCUAGCAUGUUACAUCCACUCUCCUCCUCUUUCCACAUAAAGCGUUUGCCCAAGUCGGUGUUUCCAAAGCUACUAAACUUGUUGGAAUUUCGAGUAUUUGAAUUGGCAAAAACUUACACCAUGUACCACUCUGACCAUAGUGUUAGUAGUUACAGAGUGGCCAUAUCACUGAGCCCUGAUUGGCCUGCAAUUAUGGUUGUUGCGGCUGGAAAAUUAUACCACUGCAAAUUAGGCCCUGACAUUGAAAUGUGCACCAUGGUCGAUAUAACCUCUGAGGUUUUUGAAGAUGUUAUUUGUUUUGAGGGAAAGUUCUAUGCUGUUUGCCACAAUGGCACAGCUGUGGUGGUUGAUCCUUCCUUGGAGAUGACACUGAUUGCAUCUCCGAUAAGUCCUGAUCAUGGCAGCAGCGUCCAUUGCAUCAAGAAUUUAGUGCAGUCACUGGGGGAGAUAAUUCUAGUCGAAAGAUACCCGAGCAGAAUGAAUCAACGUCGUCUAUUUCCGGUUAAAUUCAGGGUUUACAAGUUGAAUGCAGUUGAGAGGAAAUGGGUUGAGAUGGAAGGAUAUAUUAUUGCUUCUGUUAGUUAG